AUUUCGUUGUUAAUUCCAAUAAUUUGCUUUCUCACUAAGUAAAUAUCGAUUGUCUUUACUGUUUACAUUCUGUGAAUGUUUGAGGCUUCUCUUUAAUGAGAGAGAGAGAGAAAGAGAGAGAGAGAGAGAGAGAGAGAGAGAGAGAGUGAGAGAGAGAGAGAGAAAUCCCUCCCCACUUUAUACCGAACCAUUUGUGUUUCGGCACAACACACAAGUUACAUUUCAACCGACUCCCAACAGAAAAUUUGAACCCGGAUAUUUUUCAACGAGACGAUCGUUUUUCCCGCCUACCGACCCAGAGUCUCCCAUUGCCCGUGAAAAUUUUUACCUACCGAGAGGCCGAAGCCAAGAGAGAAAGGAAAGAAUUUGGUGGGGGCCUGGAGUUGAAAUAGUCACCAGUUAAGUAAUAAUCACCACAACAUGUUACACCAGGCCGAUAUCUUAUGCCUACUCGGCUUCUUGUCAUUGCUGAUGCUUGUCAACUCCAUCUCAAUCAAUUUAGAUGAUUUUCGUUAUGAAAUCAUGGGUAAAAAAGAAUACAAAGAACAAAAAAAAGAUUUUUGGGAGCAAAAGAAUUUAGCAGCCCUUAAGCAAAAGUUAAGUACAAAAGAGAAUAAGAACAAAGCCAAGAACAUCAUCUUUUUUGUGGGUGAUGGCAUGUCGUUGGGGACUGUCGUGACAAGUAGGAUUUACAGCUGGCAAACCCAACACAAAACUGGCGAGGAAGGCAGUCUUUCCUUUGAGAACUUCCCUUACACAGGAUUAUCUAAGACUUACUGCGUGGACAGACAAGUCCCAGAUUCUGCAUGUACAGGAACAGCAUAUUGGAGUGGGGUUAAAGCCAACUUCGGCACUCUCGGGGUUUCAGCAAAUGUUUCUUUCUCUGACAGGUUCUGCGGAGAAGUGAAUGAAAAUACUACAGUGAAAACAUUGCUCGAUUGGAGCCAAGAAUCAAAAAAAGCAACUGGAAUUGUUACAAACACAAGAGUUACAGAUGGUUCACCAGCAGCAGGAUAUGCCAAGAUACCAAACAGGAAUUUUGAGUACGAUGCCAACGUGCCACUAGACAGCAACAAUAUGACAAAUUGUAUUGACAUUGCUAAACAACUUGUUACGAAUUCACCGGGCAAACAUAUUAAUGUUAUCAUGGGUGGAGGUAGAGACUAUUUCUUGUUAAAAGAUUCAAAUUCUGUCAUUUAUCCAAGUGGUAAAAGAAUAGACACAGACUUAGUUGAAGCGUGGAAAGCCGGGAAAAACAAGGCCCAUUUCAUCACUUCUAAAAAAGAACUAGAAAAUUUAAAUCCCCUUGAAACUGACUAUGUUCUCGGAUUAUUUAGCAAGGGCCAUAUGCCGUAUGAAGAUGAAAGAACUGGUAAAACUCCAUCGCUUACUGAAAUGACUGAGGCAGCAAUAAAAAUUUUGAGCAACUGCUCUGACAAUGGUUUCUUACUUUUUGUCGAAGGGGGCAGAAUAGACCAUGCCCAUCAUGAAACACGCGCGAUGAGGGCACUUACAGAAACGGUCGAGUUUGCAAAUGCUGUUAAGUUGGCUUACGAAAAUACAAACCCAGAAGAGACGUUGAUAGUGGUAACCGCUGACCACGCACACACAUUAACAUUCAGUGGGUAUCCAGACAGGGGGGCAGAUAUAUUGUCCUUUGCACGCAGAGACAGUUCAGGCACUCUAUACACAACUCUCAGCUACGCCAAUGGCCCAAAUCAAAACAGAGCCUUCGUCAAGCAUAAAACCACCAAAUAUUACAGCGGUGUGUGGAACAGAGUGGAAACGCACUCCGGAGAAGAUGUCCCAGUCUAUGCCAGUGGUCCGUGGGCACACCUUCUCACAGGAUCAUUUGAACAAACGCUAAUUCCCACAGUAAUGGCAUACGCAUCUUGCAUAGGUGACUUUGCUGGAGAAAAUUGCCAUCAAAAAUUAUCAAAAAAUAAAUGAUUUCAUUCCA